GGAACAGAGGCAUUGGUUGGUGAGGGUUCCUACGGAAGAGUUUACUAUGCAAACUUGAACAAUGGAAAAGCUGUGGCUGUGAAAAAGCUUGAUGUCUCCUCCGAACCCGAGUCGGAUGUGGAUUUUUGACCCAGGUUUCCAAGGUUUAAGAUUGAGCAUGACAAUGUCGUCGAGUUGCAAGGUUACUGUGUUGAAGGAAAUCUCCGCUUGCUUGCAUACGAGUAUGCAACUAUGGGAUCACUACAUGACAUAUUGCACGGGAGGAAGGUGUUCAGGGGCACAAGCAGGUCCGGCCCUUGACUGGAUGCAACGGGUACGAAUUGCUAUUGAUGCCGCAAGGGGCUUGGAGUACUUGCAUGAGAUCGCUCAACCCUCGUUAUACACGAGAUAUUAG